AUGUGUUACCCUGACCUCAGCCUGGUAGAUACCAGUGUCUCAGUGCCGGUGUCUUGGGUUCAGUAUUCGGAGGACAACAUCGGGAAGUCGGCGUCGGAGAGACGAGCCACGCGGGAGCUAACGGAGCUGGUGGAGGGAACCCUGGUUGCCGCGGCGAGAGACAUGUGGUCUCAGUACAACCGUGUCAACGCUGCCUUCACACUCCGUGUCAACCAGACCACACACGCUAGGAACACGCUACAACAGCACCUGGCCAAGACCCUGCAGGAGAUGCAUCAGACGGAGCGUACCAUCUCAGAUUUGGAGGGGUCCAUCUGGGCGAUGAGAGCCCCCCUCAGAGUGGCUCAGUCUAGGCUGGAGGAACGCACCUAUAGACCUAACAUAGAGCUCUGCAGGGACCAACCACACACCAGGUUGCUGUCUGAGGUGUCUGCUCUCCAGGACACUGUUUUAUCUCUGAGACAGAGGUUGUCUGAAGCCCAGGCCACCCUGCAGCAGCUGGCUGGCUGUAAGAGUGUUUUAGAACAGGAGCUUUACACUAAGGCCCACUCCCUGUUUAUCGACCAGGAGAGAUGUCUAGGACUCCGCAAGACUUACCCCUCCACCCCUAGACUGGUGGGAUACACAUAGACAAGACAUACCCCUCCACCCUAGACUGGUGGGAUACACAUAGACAAGACAUACCCCUCCACCUCUAGACUGGUAGGAUACACAUAGACAAGACAUACCCCUCCACCCCUAGACUGGUGGGAUACACAUAGACAAGACAUACCCCUCCACCUCUAGACUGGUGGGAUACACAUAGACAAGACAUACCCCUCCACCUCUAGACUGGUAGGAUACACAUAGACAAGACAUACCCCUCCACCCCUAGACUGGUGGGAUACACAUAGACAAGACAUACCCCUCCACCCCUAGACUGGUAGGAUACACAUAGACAAGACAUACCCCUCCACCCCUAGACUGGUAGGAUACACAUAGACAAGACAUACCCCUCCACCCUUAGACUGGUGGGAUACACAUAGACAAGACAUAAACAGACACAUAGACAGAGCGAAGGUCCUUUCUCUUUCUUC